UCGGCCUAUGUUCUCGCAAAACAGCCACUUACUAAGUCGGAGCUGAAAUUAUAGUCAAUAUUGGAAAAUAUGAUCUCAAAUCUUGUAUUAGGUUGGCUGGGAUUGGGAGAUAGCGGAAAUUAUGGAAGAGGGAGGUGGUACUACAAUUUGUUUCUAUCAAUCCAGGUGAGGCACCUUUUGGGAAGGAAUAGGAGGGAAUAUGUGUGGUUGACCAGACUGACAUAUGGGUUUGCACUCCACGUUGGCACUUGUUGCUAAGCAUGGGAACGGGUGGUGUGAUUUUUGUAAGGUCUCAGAGACGGUGGAACACGUGAUCAGGGUGUGCUAUACCACAGAUAUUUAUUGUAAUGUGGGAAGCUGUUUGGGCAAUUACUGGGGAGUUCUGGGGUGCCUAGUUUGCAGGAUAUUCUGGCACCUGAGGCAGGGACGGUUAAGUCUCGUGGGUCCCUGAUGAACUUUUUAUUUAAAACUGGUUUGGGAGUUUGGAUCUGAUCCCCAUCAUGGCUGCCUUCCUACUCCGUUACAGAAGGUGGCAGUAAUGCGAAGGAGCGAGCUGCCAUCAGCACAAAAGAAGAAGGAAGUAGGAUCGGGACUCUGGGCGGGAGAUUCAUCAGCACCAGAGUCCGCACCACAAGUUAGAAACAGCAAAGAAUGUGUGCAGUGGAAUCUCAAACACAACAACAGGGGAUUCUCUCACUCAGUCGAGCUGCAAACUCACCAGUGAGUUCACCUUGUGGAGAGAGGCCAGUCACCUGCUCUGUAUGUGUGGGAAGGGAUUCACUCAUUCUGCUGACCUGCGGGCACGCCAGUGAAUUCAGUGUGGGGAGGCCAGUCACCUGUUCUGUGUGUGGGAGAGGAUCUAUUCUGUCAUCCAGCCUGAAGGUACAUCAGCAAGUUCACACCACAGUGAGAGGGUACACCUGUUCUGACUGACAGAAGUGAUUCAUUCUGUCCUCCAAGCUGAUGAUACAUCAGAAAAUUCACACCAGUGAGAGGCCAUUCACCUACUCUGUGUCUGAGAGUAGAUUCACUCACUCAGUUGACCCACAGGCAGACCAGUGAGUUCACAAGGGAGAGAGACUUUUCAACUGUUCCAUGUGUGGGAAGGCGUUCACUCAGACAUCUGAUCUUUUGACUCAUGAACGAAUUCACACUGGGGAGAGGCCAUACAUCUGCUUAGUGCAGGAAGAGAUUCACUCACUCAUCCCACCUACAGACACACGUCAGUUCACACUGGAGUGAUGCCGUUUACCUGCUCAGACUGUGGGAAGAGAUUUUCUUACUCAUCUCAAUUGAAGUCACAUCAGCAAAUUCACACUGGGGAGAAGCCGUUCACUUGCUCAAACUGUGGGAAGGGAUUCUCUCAGUCUUCUCAUCUGAACACACAUCAGCGAGUUCACACUGGGGAGAGACCAUUCACCUGCUCAGACUGUGGGAAGAGAUUCUCUCAAUCAUCACAACUGAAGGUACAUCAGCGAGUUCACACUGGGGAGAGGCCAUUCACCUGCCCAGAGUGUGGCAAGGGAUUCUCUCAGUCAUCACAACUGAAGGUACAUCAGCGAGUUCACACAGGGGAGAGGCCAUUCACCUGUCCAGAGUGUGGGAAGGGAUUCUCUCAGUCAUCCCAACUACUGGCACACCAGUCAGUUCACACUGGGGAGAGGCCUUUCAUCUGCUCAGACUGUGGGAAGGGUUUCACUCUGUCAUCGCACCUGCUGGCACACCAGUCAGUUCACACUGGGGAGAGGCCGUUCACCUGCUCAGAAUGUGGAAAGGGAUUCUCUCGGUCAAAUCAACUGAAGGUACAUCAGCGAGUUCACACAGGGGAGAAGCCAUUCACCUGCCCAGAUUGUGGGAAGGGAUUCUCUCAGUUCCCUCAACUGAAGGUACACCAGCGAAUUCACACUGGGGAGAGGUCAUUCACCUGCUCAGACUGUGGGAAGGAAUUCACUCAGUCAUCGCACUUUUUGGCACACCAGUCUGUUCACACUGGGGAAAAGCCAUUCACCUGCUCAGAAUGUGGUAAGGGAUUCUCUUGCUUAUCUCAACUGAAGGUACAUCAGCGAGUUCACACUGGGGAGAGGCCAUUCACAUGUUCCGUGUGUGGGAAGGGAUUCACUCAGUCAUCCAACCUACAAACACACCAAUCAGUUCACACGAGGGAGAGGCCAUUCACCUGCUCUGAAUGUGGGAAAGGAUUCUCUCGGUCAUCCAACCUUGUGAAACACUACCGAGUUCACACUGGGAAAAGGGUUAAAUAAGCUGCUUGCUGGAUAUUUAACCAUCACAGUUGCUGAAUCCAGAUGCAAGUUCAAAAGUGACUUGGUGUUGAACUCUGCAAUUAUAGCUGCUGCUCAUCACACCCAGUUCUGUACCCUGGUCACUGGGCAUGGGACGAGUUUCUUCUGCUGAUAUUCACCUUUAAUGGGACUGGAGUUUCAUAAU